UCUGUAAUGUCCAAAUUCCAAUGCAAGGUGGCAAGUAGCUAGUGACCCAUGAACCAUGAUGAUGCAAUAUAUAUACUGGACUGCCCUCUGCCUGGAUACACAUCCAAAUAAUUGGCUCUCUUACGAUCAGAGAGCGCUACACAUCUACAAGCAUUAGCAAUGGCAACCAUCAGCGCCACGGCCGUCUUCGUCGCCGCCGGACCGCCGUGGUCUCCAGGUAAGCAAAAAGCUUGUCAUCCCCGCAAAAAUGCCGGCCAUGUGCAACAUGUUAAGUUGCUACUAACUGACAAUGAGACGCUGCUGCGCACAGGGCUGCCUCGGCUGAGAGUGGCCAAGACCGCGAGCAGGCUGAGGUGCAGCUGCUCCAAGGACCUCAAGAAUAAGGCUUCUUCGGCUCUGGCUAUGGCCGUGGUCAAGGGCGCGCCGCUGCUCGCUGAGGCGAAAGCCAUGGCGGUGGCGGCGGCCCCGGUGCUGGCCCUGGCGCUGGUUCUGGCGCUGGUGGACGAGCGGAUGUCGACCGACGGCACCGGGCUGAGCCACGACCUGCUGGGGUGGAUCCUGAUGGUUGCCUUCGGCCUCGCCUUGUCCUACACCUACUACUCCUCCAUCCUCAAAGACGACAACGACGACGACCACUCAGCGCCGGCGGCAUCACGAUCUGAACACCGCACCGCCAUCUUCUUCUUCCGCCUGCAUGGUUACCAGUGAUAUACGUAUGAAGCAUGGACGAAUAUUGAAUCCUAAGCUACUGAUUACGGUGGCCUGCCAUGGGCAUGUCAUUGGA